CUGUCCUAUCCCAUCGCAGGCUCGGGUGCUCCCCUCAAAGUGCGCCAUCUACGCCGCGUCUUGGCGCGCCUAUACGAUGCCGCAGAAGCUGCAGGCUCGGAAUCUCCUGCUGCCUCGGGCACUCACGAUCGAGUUACCAAAUGGAUUUCCGAUGUCGAUGCAGCCUCAACUCCCGGUGCUCGACCUGAUUUUGAUGCUCGUAGUCAGGCCGCAUCCGAGGAUUCGUUUCUUUCUGCUGCUGACCGCCACGCCCUUUCUGAGCCGGCGCAUCAUCACACACCUGACACAACAACGCUUGCCGUUGACGAAGACGCUGGCAGUCCUGAGCUGCCACAUAUCGAGCCAAGCGCGCUAAAUUCUGGUACCGUCUCCAUGUCGGUUUAUGAGCUGGCCAGCACCUUGGUGGAGUCGAACGGUGUCAAAUACAGCAACGACCGCACACGCGUCACGGGCUGCGUCAGCAAGAAGGAUUUUCUAGCCCGCCUCCACUGUAUCCGUCUCGGCUCUACGUGCCUGAUGCAGGAGGAGGCAAAGCGACGCUGGCUAGCGGAGGUCGGCCGCAGUAUGCUGUCUCGCGUACUUGCUGUGGCCAACGCCGAUGUGGCCGCCUUUGAUCAAGCCUGGAACAGCACCAUGCACUUUGUUGAGCAUGCAGAUGCCGACACUGUAUUUGACGAACUACUCAGCCGUGGCUGUGCUGAAAUUUCGCUUUUUGACUGCAUCAUCGACUAUGUUCUACUCGAAGCCUUUGAAGGCUUGGACGAGCUGCCCUCAUCUGUCACAUCCGUCAUGAGCAACAGCUGGGUGCCUCGCGCUGUGAAAGAGAAGACACUGUGUACGGCCAUUUGGUCGGUAUUGACGGCUCGCCGCAGUACCUGCAUUCCAGAAGGCUUGAUGACACGAUUUUAUGAAAUUGUUCAGCACGUCAGUCCGGUUUUAGCAUGUGGUCUUCUGGGUUGUCACCAGGUGACCACACUUCAACCCAUGCUGAUCAAGUUUAAGGAAAUGAUUCUGACAGCCACGCGAGAAAUGUUCCAGUUUGACCCUGAGGAAUGCCGCACUAUUGUAGCCGUCAGCCAUCACAUG